AUGACUGUCAACGGUACAGAAGGCAGCACAUUCAUCCGGUCGGCGUCCGCUCAGGGCCUUGCCGGGCUUUGUACUUGGGCGGCUCUCAUUAUUACAAGUCAUCAGAUCUACCAACAUUUACGUUUCUACUCGUGUCCUGCUGAGCAACGCUGGAUUGUUAGAAUCUUGUUCAUCGUCCCAAUUUAUGCGUUCGACUCUUGGCUUUCGCUCAUUUUCUUCUCGGACAAUGUCUACAUUUUCUUCAACUCGAUUCGUGACUGCUAUGAAGCAUUCGUGAUUUAUUCGUUCCUUUCGCUAUGCUAUGAAUAUCUCGGUGGCGAGAGCAACAUUAUGGCCGAAAUUCGUGGAAAACCCAUCCGCCCGACAAACUAUUGGACGUGCACGUGCUGUUUGGCAGGAAAACAAUAUACCAUUGAAUUUUUACGCUUCUGCAAACAGGCGACGCUCCAAUUCUGCUUUAUCAAACCAAUCAUGGCUGUGAUUACAUUGAUCUUGACUGCAAUGGGCAAAUACGAAGACGGAAACUGGAGUGUCGAUCAGGGAUACAUCUACAUCACUUUAGUGUACAACGUCUCAAUUUCCCUCGCUCUCUAUGGAUUGUUCUUGUUCUACACGGCAACCCGCGAACUUCUCAGCCCAUAUCGUCCAGUUCUCAAGUUCCUGACAGUGAAAAGCGUGAUUUUCCUCUCAUUCUGGCAAGGAUUUCUUAUUGCUAUUCUCGGCGCGACUUCGGUUAUUGAUCCGGUCACUGACGCUGACGGAAAUGAAAUUAUUGAACGCGGAACUGUUGCUGCCGGAUGGCAAAACUUCUUCAUUUGCAUUGAAAUGUUUUUCGCUGCUAUUGCGCUUCGAUUCGCUUUCAAUGUUUCAGCUUACGCCGAUGCACAUAAUUCAAACACUUCAAACGAUGGAAGACCAGUUACUUUGCAAUCGAUCAGCUCUUCGCUCAAGGAGACAAUGAACCCUAAAGAUAUCAUGCAAGAUGCUAUCCACAACUUCCACCCGCAAUACCAACAGUACACUCAGCAUUCAAACCCGCAACGAUCGCAGGCCGGAACGAGCUCCAGCACUGAAGACCAGCGAAUGGCUAGCGGUUCUGGUACCAAUUAUUCAACCAUGGCACACACUGGUGCUCAUGGAAACACAACCCCAACCGCCAAUGUUCCUUCUGGAAAUCUUCUUGAUGCUUAA